GUGUGCAGAAGAUAGAGGCAUGUCACCAUCCCAUUUCUCAUUUCAUCGGCUAUGAGCUCCAAGGAAGAUCCAUCAUUCCCUUACGACCAGCUAAGGACGCCGUUAUCAGCACUGCCGAGACACCUAACCAAAGGCUGGCGUCAAGACUAUGCUAAUUAACUCCAGGUCCCAAGUCUCUUGUUGCCUGGUGACAAAGUUUCACAGUGGAGGAGGAGAAACUGGCACAAACGGGUAUAUAUAGCAGUUUCUUGUGAUUUUUCCCUCAAACCGACCACCCACCAAUCAGAACAGCACACUUCAAACCUACGCCCUUACUAAAAGAACAUGGCCAAGGGCGGGAAAGGCCCUAAGGGCAAGAAGAUCACCCUCAAAGUGGCCAAGAAUUGUAUUAAAAUCACAUUUGAUGGGAGAAAACGCCUUGACUUGAGCAAGAUGGGAAUUACCAAUUUCCCCAAGUGUAUCCUGAGACUGAAUGAUGUGGAUGAGCUCGACCUUAGCCGGAAUCUGAUCAGAAAAAUCCCUGAAUCAAUCUCCAAGUUCCAGAACCUGCGGUGGCUGGACCUGCACAGCAACUAUAUCGACAAGCUUCCUGAGUCCCUUGGCCAGAUGACGACUCUGCUCUACCUCAAUGUCAGCAACAACAGGCUCAUCACCAAUGGGCUGCCUGUGGAGCUCAAUCAGCUCAAGAAUAUCCGCACCUUGAACCUAGGCUUGAACCACCUGGACAGUGUGCCCACCACCCUGGGUGCUCUGAAGGAGCUCCAUGAGGUGGGGCUCUAUGACAACCUGCUGACCAGCAUCCCCAACAGCAUCUCCAAGCUCCCCAAGCUCAAAAAGCUCAACAUAAAGCGAAAUCCCUUUCCCAAGUCGGAGGAGUCAGACACAUUCAUAGAUACCAUCAAGAGGCUGGACAACUUAUAUCUGGUGGAAGACAAAGAUCUGUGUUCAAAUUGUCUGAGAAAAUGCCAACAGGCCCGGGACAAGCUGAACAAAAUCAAGAAUAUGGCCACGGGAGCACCGAAAAAGGCCAUCUUUUCCAAUCUGGUCUCACCCAAUUCCAUGGCCAAGGAUUCCCAGGAAGACUGGAGGAUCCGUUCAACAACUCCCUAGAGUAGUUUAUGGCAAAAACUUGAAGACUAAUCAGCCAACAAGGAUAAACGACUUUGAAGAAGAAAAGCCCUCGGUUAGGAGAAGAAAGAGAGUGGUAAGGGGAACAUUCUGAAAGCCAGGCCUUGUGGUGCUGGCCAAGAUACUGACUUGCUUCUUAAAUUCACUUUGUCUCUCUUUGCUUUAGACCAUUUAUGUGUGAAAAUGACUUUGAGAAAUAUUUGGUGAAUUUUUUUUUACAUAUAUAGAGGAAAUGUUUAAGAAAAUGAUAAACAUAAGUCACAGAAAAUUAAAGUUUUAUAAAAAUACUUUAAGACUUAAAAGACUUAUGGUCUUUAUACUCAAACUGGUAUGGUCUCUAUGCCAGUCACCUGUGCCUAGAUGCAGCAAUAAACAGAUCCUUGUACAUCUGCCAAGUACUAAUUUAUGAGUAAAUAUGACAAGCUGCAACCAUCCCGAAGAGCUAAGGCAUUUCAGGAGAAAAAGCACCUUGACCUCAGUUCACCAGACUAAUCUAAAAUUAUCCAUUGUUGAUCUUGACACUGAAGAUGCUAUAAUAAUAAAAAGUAAAUG